CUCGGCGAUGAUCAGUUAGAGCCGCCUGGUGAAGAGCCCUGCGGAUAAAUGAUAGUUAACCACGAAAUCCGGCUGUGAACGAAAGUGGAAAUAAUUGUGAUUUUUGUCCAGAGGUCCGCUUUCGCUGCUUUCUGUUGUUGUUUUGGGAGCUAACCGACGGAGGCCCCAACCGGGACACAAACACAGCAGCCCGCCGGUCCGCUCUCCUCUCGGGCAGUCUGUUCACACAACUGCAUCUUAACCGAUUUCAUCGGCUCACCAACUCGUGUUAUACCGGCUCAGAGGUGCUCCAGCUAGGGCUUUUAACGUUGUUUUUAGCCGAAUAGCGCGCUUGGUUGUGUUAGCUUGGAUGCUAACGCUCCCGUGUAUUCGAAUAGAACUAGCUGUUAGCAUUUAGCUGUUAGCUUCCGCUACGGACUCAAUGUAUGAGCAGCUAACAAAGUAACACCAACUGUUAUAUGUGUUGAGACUUUACAAAGUGAACACUAGGCACCGUAAGUCGGUUUAUUUGGGUUUGAACACCCUAACGGGAUGUUUUAUGUUAGAAUUAGUCAUAGUCAUUAGCAUUAGCUUCGUGGCUAGCAUUAGCCUUUUGCGACAGUGCUGCAGCUCUUAACGUCGUUAGCUCCUAAACAAGAACAGGGAAGCUUAAAAAGCACUCGGCUGGCGACACACGGAGCCUUCCCACCAGAAACACACCGGUGACACGCGGCAUGUUUGGUGCUAACCGGAAGAAGUUUAUGGAGGGAGGGGUAGAGAGCGACUAUGCGGAUGACUCCAGCCUCUACUACAGCCAACAGUCCAUGUUCCCUCCACACCGCCCUGACAAAGAUAUGCUGGCGUCUUCCUCUGCGUCCUCAACGGGUCAGCUGUCACAGCUAGGAGCCAGCUUAUAUGGCCCGCAGAGUGCUUUGGGAUUUCCCAUGCGUGGUAUGAACAGCAGUGCAGCACCUCAGUUAAGUCGAAGUGGACUGAACCAAUCUGCCAGCCAGCUCCCCAGUCAUGCCAGUACACCCAACGCUGGCACAAUGCACACACCUCCCUCGCCUAGCAGGGGUAUUCUGCCUAUGAGUAGCAGGAGCGUGCUGAACCACAGCCAGCAGGUGGGGGGUCCGACGGGGCAGCCGAUCGGGAUGGGAGGAGGGGGAGAGAGGGGAGGUGGAGGAGGGAGGAGUGGCAGCAUGGGGAGUCCCAGCCGGUCAUCACCCAGCAUCAUCGGCAUGCCCAAGCAGCAGCAAUCACGGCAGCCUUUCACUAUCAACAGUAUGUCAGGGUUUGGGGUGAACAGGAAUCCAGGUUUCAACAUGAACAACUCACUAUCCAACAACAUCUUCAAUGGCACAGACGGCAGUGAGAAUGUGACGGGGUUAGACCUGUCUGAUUUCCCGGCGUUAGCGGACAGGAGUCGAAGGGACGGAGGCUCGAACCCCACCCCGCUGCUGAACCCGCUGGCCGGCCGGGCGCCGUACGGUACGAGUAUGUGUGUGUUUGGCAUGGUAACAAAGCCGUCCAGUGAGCAGUCGCAGGACUUCUCCAUCCAUAACGAAGAUUUCCCAGCUCUCCCUGGGCCAAACUACCAAACAAAAGACCCCACCAGCACCAGCGAAGACAGCAAACCGAAUCUGAACUCAUCAGGAAAGCCCGCCUCUAACUCAGAUGGUCCUAAGUUCCCCGGCGAUAAGAGCUCCGUGGCGCCGAGCAACAACAACCAGCAGAAGAAAGGGAUUCAGGUGCUUCCUGACGGGCGUGUGACCAACAUCCCGGUCGGCAUGGUGACGGACCAGUUCGGAAUGAUCGGCCUGCUGACGUUCAUCCGGGCAGCGGAGACGGAUCCCGGCAUGGUCCACCUGGCACUGGGCUCUGACCUCACCACGCUCGGCCUGAACCUCAACUCACCUGAGAAUCUCUAUCCUAAGUUUGCGUCUCCCUGGGCGUCAGCUCCGUGUCGACCGCAGGACAUAGACUUCCACGUCCCCUCAGAGUAUUUAACCAACAUCCACAUAAGGGACAAGUUAGCAGCUAUUAAGUUGUCUCGGUAUGGUGAAGAUCUGCUGUUUUAUCUCUACUAUAUGAACGGAGGAGACCUACUACAACUCCUGGCUGCAGUAGAACUCUUUAACAGGGACUGGCGGUACCAUAAAGAGGAGCGGGUUUGGAUCACCCGGGCUCCAGGUAUGGAGCCCACGCUGAAGACCAACGCCUACGAGAGAGGGACCUACUACUUCUUCGACUGCCUCAACUGGAGAAAGGUUGCCAAGGAGUUUCAUCUUGAGUAUGACAAACUAGAAGAGCGACCUCACGUUCCCUCCACCUUCAACUACAAUCCUGCCCAGCAGGCCUUCUGAUUGGCUCUCCCUCCUCCUGCCUGCCUGCCAUUGGCCCUCCUGGCUCAUCAGUCAUCACCCCUCUAGGUUUUUCCACCUCCACACACUCAAAGUGAAGCUGGCCAAUAAGGACUUUUUGGACUCCUGGCCGCCCCCCCCCCCCCCCCCCCAAACACCUUUCUGAAUAGACUUUAUCAUUUUAACUUUUCUGAUUUUGUUUUUCUUUACCUCAUUCUCUCCUUUUUUUUUUUUUUUUUUAAAUUUUUAUUUCCCACCCCUCCUCCAUGAGUUUGGUUUGGUUGAUCUGUUAUGUGGAGCACAGACUUAAUGUCAACAGACAGCACAGUACAACACAGAGACUCAGCACUGUAAAUAACUGUCCAUCUGAUCGAGUGAUUCAUGUUUCUAUUCAGUCUUAAGAAUCGACUAUUUUUGUCUAGUAAAGCUUUUAAGAAGAACCAGAUUUUAACACAGGAUUCAAUCACCUGUCAGGAUGGAUAAUUAUUUCACACUGUGUCACGCCUCUCUGGCAUUUUUGGCAGGAACUGAAAAUAUUUAUCAUUUUUUGUCUAUUUUUACCAGGUUUUCAGCAUUACAGAUCACACACACACACACACACACACACACACACACAUCAGAAGACAGUCGACAGUCAGGAGAGGAAAUGCAAUGUACAUUGUAGCACUAUUUCUUAAUAAAAGAAGAAAAAAUA